GCGGUGGAGGGGGAGGGGGGGUCGCCAAGAUGAACAGCCUCCCCUUCGAGGACGCUUCUUUGGACAGCUUGGAUCCUUCGCUGACGCUCAACGAAUCCAGCGAAAUUGACACGGCUCUCUUGAGUGACAUUGAUGACAUGCUUCAGUUGAUCAACACGGAAGAUGCCGAUUUCCCCAGUCUAUUUGAUGCACCGUUCGGUGGGAAUGCAACUCCGGAUCCCAACCUGCACGGGUCCAGUUUGUUUGGCAGCUACCUGGGGACCCGCAGCCUCUCGCCCUCUGGCCUUUUCCAGCUUCCAGCUCCAACCCAAGCGAACUUCCAGCCUCUGCCAACAGGCAGUCCCAAUGGCAAUUCGACCCCCAUGGAUGUCAAGGAAGAGCCCGCGGCCACGACUGUCAAUCAGCCACAAGCCCAGAUGCUAUCAGCCAGGGGGAUGGCAAAGAGUUUUGCUCCAGCAUCGCAGGCCCCAUUCUCACCGCAGCCAUCAAUGGGCUUCCCAAGCCAGAAUGGUAUUCCUGCUCCCCAGCCAGGAGGGCCUCCUCCGCCCCUGUCGAGCCCCCCGGUCCCAUCCCAACAGCCCCCAACGGCAGUCAAGAACAUCAUGCCUCAGCAGUUUUUGGCCCCCAGCGCCCCCCAAGUCAUCUCGUCUCAGAUCCAGCAAGUGCCGGUGCUCCUACAGCCCCACUUCAUCAAAGCUGAUUCUCUUCUUCUGACAGCGGUUUCUGGGGUCAAGACUUCAGGCAUCACGACUCUGGCCACCACAACAGCUGUUCAGUCAGCGCCACUGCAGAUGCCGGCACUGGUGAGUGGAGGUACCAUCCUGGCAACUGUGCCAUUGGUGGUGGACACAGAUAAGCUUCCCAUUAACCGCCUGACUGCUGGAAAACCACUGGUGAACCAGAGCAAAGGCGAAAAACGCACAGCACAUAAUGCCAUUGAAAAACGCUAUCGCUCCUCCAUCAACGACAAGAUCUCAGAACUGAAGGAGCUGGUGAUGGGCACAGAUGCCAAGCUGAACAAGUCGGCCAUUUUGCGGAAGGCGAUUGACCACAUCCGCUUCCUGAAGCAGGCCAACCAGAAGUUGAAAGCAGAGAACAUGGCUCUCAAAAUGGCUGCCCAGAAGAACAAGUCCCUGAAGGACUUGGUAGCCACAUGUGGUGGGAACAUGGAUGACACCACAGAAGGGGUGAAGUUGAUGGAUGCCCUGACGCCGCCCCCAUCGGACGCUGGCUCCCCCUCACACAGUAGCCCCCUUUCUCUCAGUGCGGCAAGUGGAAGCGACUCAGAGCCUGAGAGCCCCUUCUGCGAAGAGGCCAAGGUGAAGCUAGAGGCUCAGACACUCUCCCCAGGCAGUCUUGGGAUGCUGGACCGGUCCCGAAUGGCCCUGUGUGCGUUUGUCUUCCUCUGCCUUUCUUUCAACCCUCUGUCUUCCAUCUUGGGAGGGUCAAGCUCCACCAGUCCCUCAGAGAUUGCUAGUCCAGCUGGUCCCGGGCGCAGCAUAAAGGCCGAGAGCGAGCCUAGAGAUGCUCCUGUGGCAUGGUCCCAGUGGCUUCUCCCCACCUUGGUCUUCUGGCUGAUCAACAUGAUGGUAGUUCUUGGCGCCUUCAUCCGGCUCUUCAUUUACGGGGAACCUGUCACGAGGCUGCAUUCGGAGUCUUCCGUUCUUUUCUGGAGGCACCGCAAGCAGGCAGACCUGGAUUUGGCACGAGGGGAUUUUGCCCAGGCCUCCCAGAACUUAUGGACGGCACUCAAAGCCCUGGGCCGCCCACUCCCCACCUCCAACCUAGACCUGACCUGCAGUUUAUUGUGGAACCUUAUCCGGCAUGUGCUUCAGCGGCUCUGGGUGGGGCGCUGGCUGGCAGGGCAAGCUGGUGGCUUCUUCCGUGACCGGGAGCUCAAGGCCGAUGUGCGCAAGAGUGCCUGUGAUGCAGCUCUGGUUUACCACCAGUUACAUCAAUUGCACAUGACAGGGAAGCACGUGGCUGGUCACCUGUCAGCUAUCAACAUGGCCCUGAGUGCUGUGAAUCUGGCUGAGUGUGCAGGGGGCACCAUGUCUGUGGCCACGUUGGCUGAGGUGUAUGUGGCGGCUGCGCUGCGGGUGAAGACCAGUCUCCAUCGCUGCUGCCAUUUCCUGGCGCGUUUCUUCCUCAGCAGUGCCCGGCAGGUGUUGCUGUCCCACAGUGGAACUGUGCCCCCUGCUCUCCAGUGGCUUUGCCACCCUGUGGGCCACCGCUUCUUCGUGGAUGGUGACUGGGCUGUGAAGAGCUCCCCUCGAGAGAGUAUCUACAGCUCCACCAGCAACCCCGUGGACCCGCUGGCUCAGGUGACACAGCUUUUCCGGGAGCACUUACUGGAAAAAGCCCUGUCUUGUGUGUCCAGGUUGGAGGGUCAGCCACCUGCCAGCCACAGUGAGGGGGAAUUUUCUGAUGCCCUCGAGUACCUGCAUUUCCUCAACAGCUGUGCAGAUGCUGUUCCUGGCACGGCUCCCUCCAUCAGCACCAAUAUGGAUGCCACCACAGGCACUGAUCCUGUGGCUAACUGGUGGUCCUCUGUAGUUACCAUGGUGAUCCAUGGAUUGCAGGGGGAUGAUGAAGCUGUAGACCGCCUGUACCCACUUGUGGAAUCCAUGCCCAAGGUCCUGCAGGCCUCUGAGAAUCCUCUUCCACGUGCAGCGCUGCACACCUUCAAAGCUGCUCGGGGGUUGCUGGGAAAACUAGAUUGCAUCCUGGGUCAGUGUGACAAAGCUGGCGACUACCUGCGGGACAGCUUGGGGGGGAACACUGCCACAAGCACCAUUGACAGAGCCAUGCAGUUUGUUUUGUGUGACCUCCUCCUCAUCAUCCGCACAAGGCUCUGGCAACAGCAGAUGCAGGCAACUCAGCCCCAUGGGACCUCUUACCAAGCUUCUGCCCUUGAACUACGUGGCUUCCAAGGGGACCUCAGUAGCCUCCGGCGCCUGGCCCAGGCUGAUCGUCCUGCUAUGCACAGGGUUUUUCUGCAUGAAGCCACGGCCCGGCUGAUGGCCCGAGCUAGCCCCACACGGACCCACCAGCUGCUGGACCGGAGUUUGCGCCGGCGGGGAGCGUCAAACAACAAGGGAGCCCGCGAACCAGAGAGCCACCCAACGGCACGGGAGCAGGCUGAGGCCCUGUUGCUGGCCUGCUCCUACCUGCCGCCCGCAUUCCUCUUGGGGCCAGGUCAGCGAGUGGGCAUGUUGGCCGACGCCGCCCGCUCUUUGGAGAAGCUGGGUGACAAACGGACGCUCCACGAGUGCCAGCAGAUGAUCAUCAAGCUUGGCAGUGGCUCCACCGUCACCUCCAGCUAGAGAGGCUGUGCAGAGGACAGGGCCAGGGUGAGGGAUCAGCCUGCAAGGUGCUGCGAGGCGUGACGCCCGCAAGCACUUCUUGCAUCUGUUUCUUGUGGAUUGUUGGUGAGAGAGAACAAGGAUUCUGAAGACCUGGACUUUCCAAUUCUGAACAUUUAUCUAGGUAAUAAGUUCUCUACACAGUUAAGAUGCUGCCUUCCUAGUGUCCAUGGCAUGUGCUCCCCUUUGCUGUUGUGUUCAAAGCAGAUGGAGGUGCAAGAAAGCAGUGGUAUUCGCUUAGGAGGAGAAGUCAGAAUCGCAUCUAAAUUGGAAAGGGGAGGGUCCUAAAAUUUUGAAAGACCUGUUGAGAAGGUUGAGCUGGCUGGCAGGGUUGCUAUGCCCCUUGAGGAAGGUCUAUGCCCUGAUUCUCCAUCUUGAAAUGUGCCCCCCCAGCACAUGCCCCCAGCACAUGCUUGCCUGCGCAUGCUUGGUGUCAACUCCUUGCACACCCUUGGCAGCAUCUCUACCUGGGCCCAAUGGCUUUUUGCAAUAGAUUUGCUUCUCAUCUGCAUGCUGUGGCUCCUCUGGCCAGCACAUGGGAGUUCAUCCCCUCCUCCCUUUCCUUCUCCCUCCAGCCCUCAGUCCAUAAUAAGGCAGCAGGGACCCCUUGGGGCGGCUCCCUAAUAUUGCAGGAUGCUCCUUCGCAUCAUUGGCAGUAUGUGAGAAUACAUCUACACCAUCAGGGUCUGUGUCCCAAACUGAGCAUCCGGUCAAUGUGGAAUUACCUCCUCCACCUCAGAGCAGGGGCAUGGACUGACACUCCCUCACCAGGUGGCACAGCCAUGUUUGAGGUGGGCGAAAUUCUCGGUGUGGUGGCUUUUCCCUUUUGCUGUUCAUGUCAUAAAAUGCACUCUCCUCUGAGAAGAAAGGAGGAAACUGGACCUUUUACUGGUUUUCCAGCUACUGGGACGUGGUUUUAUCAUGUGCGGUGGGCCCCCUCAAAGAUGGCUGACCAUGUGAACAUUGAGGUAGCAAGUCCCCAAGUAGAAUUUCAGGGUAUUGGCUGUGUUAGUCUGUUGCUGCGAAAAUAGACGGGAUUCUGGUGGCACUUAUAAAGACUAAGAAAUGUUAUUCAAGCUUUUGUGGGCUAGAGAUUUCUAUAGCAGAAUAGAUGAUGCAACAGGAGAAAAACACCCCCUAGGUAUAGUAUUUCCACGAAAAAUAAAAGAACCUGGGCCAUUGGUAUGCAUUGGUUAGGCUGACCAGUUGCCUGCUGACGGCGGGCAAUCUCCUGGGGAUUUGCCCAGUUGCCCGCCAAUCGCUGGCGAUCGGUGGGAGGUGGCAAACCCUCCAGCGAUCACUUGCCACCAGCAAGAAACCUGGGAAAGCACACAGUGGGCACACUCCUAGCAGGGUGAAAUGAUGUCACUUCCUGAAGUGGCACCAUUGUACCAGCUGCGGGCAUGCUCCUACACUAUGCUAGGGCCAAUUUUGGAGCCAAAUGGGCCAGAAUUAGCCCCGUGUGAAGCACUGGAUCAUGGCUGUGGCUGACGUGAUGGUAUCACUUCCUGGAAGUGAUAGCAUCGCUCCUCACCAGGAGCAUGUGUGCAAGGACACUCCAGCCAGUAAGUCCUUGGCCCCCCAUCUCCCACCAGGAGGAUAUAGGGACCUGGGAACCCUAGAGUUACCUCUGUGGCAAGGAGCAGAGGGUGUUAUGACUAGAGAGGCUGGGAGCAGGGUUUUUUUUCUCAUUUCCAUGAGAAAUAUUGUGAUGGGGAAAUGAGGCUCUCCCUAUCAGAUACAGGAGCCCUGCCAGAGGGAGGCAACCUCAUUUCAAAGAUGUUUGUGUGAUUUGAUCUAUAAAUAUUCUGGAAAGAAAAUGGUGGACAGUUAGAUGAAUUUUGGACACCUAUGUUCUGGCAGUUGUGGGGGGUGUCUCAUUUUGCCUUUCCAGCCCCCUUGUCCAGACUAGCUUCUACUCCUGGGCCCCCAUUCAGAUCAUCUGUGUGGUGAGGAACCUGUUGCUACAGGAAACAUCCCAUGGGGAUGGAGGGAGUCCAGCUAAGUCACCAGAGAGAAACAGGAACAGCGCCCUCUGCAGGUCUUCUCUCUCAGGAGCAUACGACAUAUAUAGUGCUCCCCGCAUCCCUUUCUCAGCCUGCACCACUCAGCCACGGCUUUUCCCUUUAAGAGUUAUUUUCAUAGUGUGAGUUUUUUGUACAGAUGAUAAAUAAAAACCUACUUAUUUAUA